AUUCACUUCUCUCGGUAAGUUUAUCUCUUGCAAGUAUUUUUUCAUAACUCUUUAGUAACAUUUUUUUCCUAGAAUGCGGAAGUUCUUCAAUUUUAAGUGGAGAAAAUAUCAAUGUGUCCACCAAUACUUCCCGAAACACCUCCUCCUGGCAGAAAAACAUGGAACAAAGAAUACGGAAGAUAGAGGAAAUAUCGGCGCAGAACACUAUACUCCUGGAGCGGAUUAUUGACAUAUUGCAACCGAAGAAGAUUGAAUUAAUGAUAUUUCCUAUUAAAAACAUGAAUGAUUUAGCAUCUACAGAGUCCUUGCUUUUGAAUAAGCCUGAGGAAGAAAUUGUGGCGUAUCGAAAGCAAAAAUUUUCAAAGAGACCCCUAUCAAAAAUUUUGGAUGAAGUAAUUGCGGAGUCCCUGCUCUUAAAAGUGAAUUGGGAUGGAGCCAAAAAAAAAGUUGCAUUGAAGAAUUAUGCACUUUUCAAUAAAUUUCUUUACGGUAAUACAUAAUUUCAAUUCAUGUCAUCUAUUUUUUUAACAAGUUUAAUUUUUAGAGGCCUUAAAAGAUGAUUACUCAUACCCUGAUUUUGAGGCAAAUAUCAAAAAGGCGUUUCUCAAAUGUAAGGCUCAGUUCUACAGGAACAAUUAUAAUAUAAAAAAAAAUAAUAGAUUCUAUGUACAUUCAUUUAAUUAAAAACUUUAAUAAAAAAUAAAAUUAUAAAAAUUUUUUUUUGUUAAAGUAAUUGCAGGUUGAAAAUAAUAUAGGAUUUAUCAUAGAGAUCUCCUUUAGGAUUAAUCAUAGAGAUCUCCUUUAGGGGUAAUCAUAGAGAUCUCCUAUAGCAGUAAUCAUAGAGAUCUCCUUUAGGAGUAAUCAUAGAGAUCUCCUUUAGGAGUAAUCGUAGAGAUCUCCAUUAGGAGGUUAAAAGGAGUACUCGCGUUCCAAUGACAUGCAAUGUUAAAAACGAGUGUACAAUUUUACGUGUAUUUACACACAAGUAUUAGGAGUAAUAGGGAGUAUAGGAUAUCUCCUAAAGGAUUAAUCCAGGAGGUUUCAAACGAUCAUCCUAAAAUCUGCUGGGUACUGACACUGCAAGAAGGCGACUCAACAAAAA